UACCUACCCAGGGAACUAAAGUUGGACACUUUUGCAACUUACAAACCUCCCAGUUGACAUUAUUAGCCCUAAAAAUCAGCCAUCAAGAUCCCUAGCAAGGUACACAGCCCCCUGCACACUAAGUGUACCCCCUGGUCCUCACUCUGCCUGCUCACCCUGUAUUCCUGCCACUGCAGAGACAAGUCCCACAAGAGUUUUUGUGUCAAUAGACUGUUUUUGCAGAUUGUGUUGGUUUCAGUGAUUUUUUUUCUGCCUGCAUUCAUCUCGUGGACUGGCAAGCAGAGACCCCCAGCCCAGCAACUGGUUAGAAGAGCCCAGCUUUCCUCCUUGGUAUCUCGCUCAGCCCACCAGCGCCCACAGUGUUCUCCUCCUGUGCCCAGCUGCGGAUGGCUGGUUUGCCAGGCUCUGUACCCAGAAUGAUGCGCCCAGGACCUGGUCAGAAUUACCCACGUACCGGAUUCCCCUUGGAAGUGUCCACCCCCCUUGGCCAGGGAAGGGUUAACCAGCUUGGUGGGGUCUUUAUUAAUGGCAGACCCCUGCCCAACCACAUCCGCCAUAAGAUAGUAGAGAUGGCUCAUCACGGUAUCCGGCCCUGUGUGAUCUCCAGGCAGCUCAGAGUGUCCCAUGGGUGUGUUUCCAAAAUCCUCUGCAGGUACCAGGAGACAGGCUCCAUCCGCCCAGGGGCCAUAGGGGGCAGCAAACCCAGGCAGGUAGCCACUCCCGACGUGGAGAAGAAGAUAGAAGAAUACAAGAGGGAGAACCCGGGGAUGUUCAGCUGGGAGAUCCGGGACCGGUUGCUGAAGGAUGGCCACUGUGACCGGAGCUCUGUGCCCUCAGGUUUAGUGAGUUCGAUUAGCCGUGUCCUGCGAAUCAAGUUCGGGAAGAAAGAGGAAGCUGAUGAUUGUGACAAAAAAGAGGAUGAUGGUGAAAAGAAGACCAAGCACAGCAUUGAUGGCAUCCUGGGUGACAAAGGCAAUCGUUUGGAUGAUGGGUCCGAUGUGGAGUCAGAGCCAGAUCUUCCUUUAAAACGCAAACAGCGACGGAGCCGUACAACCUUCACCGCAGAGCAGCUGGAAGAACUGGAGAAGGCUUUUGAGAGAACUCAUUACCCCGAUAUCUACACUCGAGAGGAGCUGGCUCAGAGGACCAAGCUUACCGAGGCCCGAGUCCAGGUCUGGUUCAGUAAUCGCAGAGCUCGGUGGCGCAAACAAGCCGGUGCCAAUCAGCUGGCAGCAUUUAACCACUUGUUGCCUGGAGGAUUCCCACCCACUGGAAUGCCAGCACUGCCCCCAUACCAGCUGCCCGACACGUCCUACCAAGCCGCCAGCCUAGCCCAAGAUGGUGGAAGCACUGUUCACAGACCGCAACCUCUUCCUCCAUCGUCAAUGCACCAAGGUGCUCUGUCAGCAGCCACCGCCGAUACCAGCUCUGCGUAUGGUGCGCGACAUAGCUUCUCCAGUUAUUCAGAUACAUUUAUCAACCCAGGAGGACCGCCCAAUCACAUGAACCCGGUCAGCAAUGGGCUAUCUCCGCAGGUUAUGAGUAUCCUUAGCAAUCCUGGCGGAGUGGGCCCACAGUCACAGUCGGAUUUCUCCAUCUCUCCUCUGCACAGUGGAUUGGAAACCAGCAACUCUCUAUCAGCCAGCUGCAGUCAACGCAGCGAAUCCAUUAAAUCGGUAGACAGUCUAUCCACCUCCCAGUCCUACUGCGCACCCACCUACACCUCCACUGGGUACAGCAUGGAUCCCGUGGCCAGCUACCAGUACGGACAAUACGGUCAAACUGCUGUUGAUUAUCUGGCUAAAAACGUCAGCCUGUCCACACAGCGCAGGAUGAAACUCGGGGAGCACUCGGCUGUGUUGGGCCUCUUGCCCGUUGAGACUGGACAAGCAUAUUGAAGAAGUCCUGGCUCCAGGAAUGCCAUCUGCAUGUGAUGCCAGAAUCCACUACCUAAGUGGGCUGCUUUGUACAUCUUCCAGGUUUUAUCUGCCCCACUCCAAUCAUCCUUAUCCUUUGGGAUCUAAAAUAAAGGUGAUCGUUUUGCUAAUCUGUUGGCCACUGAAGCUGCUGUGUCAAUGACUUGUCCAUUGUUAAAAGAGCUGACAGCUUAUUUUGAUUCACAAACAGUUUACCCAAUGGUCAGUGCACAAUCUUAUGCAGCUUAGGGUGACGAGAAACUCACUCAAUUUACACAUCGUUAAAGUACCUGGACUGUUUAGUCUCUUCCACAUAAAGAGUGCUAAAUGGCAGUUUUAGAAUAAAUUGUUUGUUUAGUCACUGUGGUUGGUAAAUACUUUUAAGUUCCCCGAUUCAUAUUUUUUACAAUGACUUGUUGGUAGGAAGCCACGUUUGAUGAAACGUGGCUGGAUUUGUAAACACAAGACAUUUCAUAUUCAAAAGAAGACUCAACAAGUGUAACAAACACAUAUCUUACUUGUGCAUUGAUACUCAACGAGAGGACCAAACAGGACAUCUUUAAUGAUGGUUAAAGAUGAAAUUAUUUCUUUCCUUUCAAAGAAAAAAAAUCUAUGAACAUUUACAGACUUCUUCUAAAAUUAUGUUUGUACUACGAGUUCGGAAACCAUUCACAGAUGUCAUAAAAGAAAUCCAAUUCCAUCAGAGGUGCAAGCUUCCUGACCAGCUUCACAAAAUCCGAAAGAAAUUGGGAGUAAAAUGAAUGAAUACAGGAUCAUUCUCCCUCUCAGAUGGACCAGAGACUUAUUGGACAAUUUGGGAGCAACCAAUGUUGAACAAUAUCUGUAGAGAUGCGGAGACUAUUGAACCUUAUUGACAUGGACUACUGAUCCUAAUUUAAAAUGUUUGCUAUUAAUGGUUUAUCUGAGGUUCCAGUUCAGGUGUGGUAAAGGGGGACGGAGAAGACUCCCAUCCUAACACAAGAUACCUCAUGAGAUAAUCACCCGAUUAUAGCGAAUGUGGCAUGUGUUAGUCGAAUUAUACCUGGGGAUAUGUAUAUAUAUAUAUAUAUGGGUCGUAUUUUGGGGGAGGGAGGCUGGUUGUUGAGGAAAGACAAGGACCAACAAAUACUUUGACAUGACCAAGUCUUAGGAAAAUUCCCUGUUUCUAGUUACCUGCAUUCCAGAUAAUUACAUACUGCUUAGUAUUUGAUUUAUUCCCUCCUACCAGGUAACUAAAAAACAAAAAGUCCAGAUAAAUUGCCACUAUGCAAAUCUGCUAUUAAAAGGUAACCAAGACCGUGAACUGGCACAGGGUGCUAAAACCAUCUCUACAAUAAUAAAAGAGUAAAUAAAAGAGAUGGGACACCGCAACACAUGGGAAUUCA